GACGGCGGCGCCGGGCGCUGAGCGCUGGCGGAGAGCGAUGGCCGGGGAAGGUCGGGGACAAGCGGAGCCCCGCUGCCUUGGGAUCUGAGCUCCUGGUAAACACGCUGGCCUGUUAAAGGACAUGAUUCAGACUGUCCCCGAUCCAGCAGCUCACAUCAAGGAAGCGCUAUCGGUGGUGAGCGAGGACCAGUCCCUGUUCGAGUGUGCCUACGGAUCCCCCCACCUCACCAAGACAGAGAUGACAGCCUCCUCCUCCAGUGAAUAUGGCCAGACCUCCAAGAUGAGCCCACGUGUCCCCCAGCAGGACUGGUUGUCACAGCCCCCAGCCAGAGUCACCAUCAAGAUGGAGUGCAACCCCAGCCAGGUUAACGGGUCAAGGAAUUCUCCAGAUGACUGCAGUGUGGCAAAAGGAGGGAAGAUGGUCAGCAGCUCAGACAGUGUUGGGAUGAACUAUGGCAACUACAUGGAGGAGAAGCACGUUCCACCCCCAAACAUGACGACCAACGAACGAAGAGUCAUUGUGCCAGCAGACCCCACGCUGUGGAGCACUGACCACGUGCGCCAGUGGCUGGAGUGGGCGGUCAAGGAGUACGGGCUGCCGGACGUGGACAUCCUGCUCUUCCAGAACAUCGACGGCAAGGAGCUCUGCAAAAUGACCAAGGAUGACUUCCAGAGGCUCACCCCCAGCUACAAUGCAGACAUCCUCCUGUCACACCUACACUACCUCAGAGAGACUCCUCUUCCACAUUUGACUUCAGAUGAUGUUGAUAAAGCCUUACAAAACUCUCCACGGUUAAUGCAUGCUAGAAACACAGGAGGUGCCACUUUUAUUUUUCCAAACACAUCAGUUUAUCCAGAAGCAACACAAAGAAUUGCAACCAGGCCAGAUUUGCCUUAUGAGCAAGCCAGGAGAUCAGCGUGGACGAGUCACAGCCACCCCAGCCCUCAGUCAAAAGCUACUCAGCCAUCAUCCUCAACAGUUCCCAAAACAGAAGACCAGCGUCCUCAGUUAGAUCCAUAUCAGAUUCUUGGACCGACCAGCAGCCGACUUGCAAAUCCAGGCAGCGGGCAGAUCCAGCUGUGGCAGUUCCUGCUGGAGCUGCUGUCCGACAGCUCCAACUCCAACUGCAUCACCUGGGAGGGCACCAACGGCGAGUUCAAGAUGACGGACCCCGACGAGGUGGCGCGGCGCUGGGGCGAGCGCAAGAGCAAGCCCAACAUGAACUACGACAAGCUGAGCCGCGCCCUGCGCUACUACUACGACAAGAACAUCAUGACCAAGGUGCACGGCAAGCGCUACGCCUACAAAUUCGACUUCCACGGCAUCGCCCAGGCGCUGCAGCCUCACCCCCCGGAGUCGUCCAUGUACAAAUACCCGUCGGACCUGCCCUACAUGAGCUCCUACCACGCGCACCCCCAGAAGAUGAACUUCGUGGCUCCCCACCCCCCUGCCUUGCCCGUGACGUCCUCCAGCUUUUUUGCCGCCCCCAAUCCCUACUGGAAUUCGCCCACUGGAGGGAUCUACCCCAACACCAGGCUGCCAGCUGCUCACAUGCCUUCUCAUCUUGGCACCUACUACUAAGUGGGGUGGGGGGAAGAAACUCCAGGCAAAAAGCAAAGGCGCUUCUCGCUGGGGGUUCGGUCGCUGAGGAGUCGCAAUGAACUCUGUUGGAGUGCUCCUGUUAAAAGUGCCUAAAGAGACAAGUGAAGGUUUGGCUGGGAAAAAAGAAACCCCAAACCACGUUUAAAAAAUAGGCGUCAAAAAGACUGUUUUUUGUAGUAGGGAUUUAAAGGAAAUAUCCAAGAAGUAUUAAGAUACUAAAAUGUAAUGUAUAUGGGCAUCGACUCUGUGGACCAAACAACAAUAGACUAUUGUAGGUAGAAGCAUGAAAUGAUAAGGAAAACCUACGGAAGCUGGUGGUCUUAAAAAGUUGAUAAGCUUGUGUGUAAAGUUUGAUAUCAUGCUAGUGCAAAACUGGGACUAUACUACAGCAAUAUAAGGGUAAGUCUAUAGUGACCUAACAUACAGUAUAUGGAUUGUUACAAAAGAGAGGGAAAAGGGAAAAAAACAAAAAAGGGAAAAAAAUCCUAUCUGUAUUUAAAAAAUAGAAACAUAUCAGCAGAAGAGACUGGUUAAUGUGGAAGCUGAUUUGGAGUAGAACAGCAGUGUUGUAGUUAAAAUCAAACGAGAUCCAUUCAUCAGAGCGAAUCAGCUACUCAAACUGUGAAGACAACCCAAACUUCCAGAUUCCUUGACAGUUUUACAGGAACCCUGAGCCAAAUGUGGGCAAUGAGAAUGUGCUGGAGGGCAAGUGUAUGAUUGUAGAUCAGAGGCCUGCACCUGACAGAGGAAGCAGGGAAGGAGAAAGAGGAGGAUGAAGGUGGUGAGAAGGGGAGGAAAGAAACUUCUUGACCAAUAGAGACUGAAAAGACUGAAAACUUUGUAGUGUUGGGACUAUGAAGAAACACUUGUUUGGACUUGUGAAACAUAUUGCUCAGUAUUAUACCAUUCCCAGUAUUUCAGGAGGAACAGACUUGACUCAGUAGUAAUAAAAAGUGGGAAAAGGGAAAGCAAGAAGAAGCGAAAAAUCAGAAUAUGCAUCUCUUUUUUUUU